AUGGCUUUUAGACUCUCCGAAUACAAUAGAAUAUGCGGAGCCAAUUCAAGAAGAAUUCUUCAGAAUUCCAUUAUUACUUUGAAUACGAUCCAUGAUCUACUCCGGAUACGGUAUUGUGCAAAAUGUAAAUGUAUAAAGCCAGAUCGAGCUCACCAUUGCUCCAUAUGUGGGCAGUGUGUUCUGAAGUUUGAUCAUCAUUGCCCAUGGGUCAACAAUUGCGUCAAUUUUUAUAACUACAAAUUUUUUCUCUUAUUUCUUGGAUAUGGUUUUGUUUUCUGCAUCUUCGUCUUUUUUACUGACUUGCCGUACUUUAUACAGUUUUGGACUCGAGAUUAUCACGAACGCAAUCUGAAGACGAGCAAAAUCCACAUACUAUUUCUGGUUUUCGUUUCCGGAAUGUUCGCCAUAUCACUCUCGUUUCUUUUCUUCUAUCACCUCUACCUAACAGCGAGAAAUAGGACGACAGUUGAAUCAUUCCGUGCUCCGAUGCUAGAAGGAGGUCCCGAUAAACGCGCGUUCGACCACGGUAUACGUGCCAAUUACAGAGAGGUUUUCGGCUACGACCGGAAAUUGUGGCUGUUGCCUAUAUUCUCAAGAAUUUUUGCAUCUGCCCAUCUGCAUCCCUCGCUGAGUAUCACACUGUUUUUUCGGGAUCUAAUGUGUUAG